AUGGAUCUCGAUAAGGGGCAGUGGUCGUAUUUAGUGGCGGGCCACAUUCGCUACGUCACAGCGCUGUCCACGGAUACUUGUGGUGUUUUUUACGGAGAACCGUUGCCAGGAGGUAAACCCACUACAUCCUCGAUCGCUAUCGCUGAUCGUCCACGACCGCUUAUUCGGGAGAUCACGGCUAUCAGUACUCAACACGACGAACUUCAUGGCCAAAACGAUGUUCUCACCAGACACGAGAAAUACGAAGAGCAACCCUGA